ACACCUGGAGCCACACCCAGGAGUGGGGGCAAAAGACCUGGCUGGAUCAGAGCCGCAGACCCAGCCUGGCCCCUGCCUGCAGUGGCCCCUACUCCUCCAGCCUCGCCCAGCACCAUGAGCGGCCGAGUUGGAGACCUGAGCCCCAAGCAGGCAGAGACCCUUGCCAAGUUCCGAGAAAAUAUCCAGGAUGUGUUGCCUGCCCUGCCCAACCCUGAUGACUAUUUCCUUCUGCGCUGGCUCCGAGCUCGGAAUUUUGACCUGCAGAAAUCAGAGGCCAUGCUCCGCAAGUACAUGGAGUUCCGAAAGACCAUGGAUAUUGACCACAUCUUGGACUGGCAGCCCCCAGAGGUGAUCCAGAAGUACAUGCCUGGGGGCCUCUGUGGCUACGACCGUGACGGCUGCCCCGUGUGGUACGACAUCAUCGGGCCUCUGGACCCCAAGGGCCUGCUCUUCUCUAUCACCAAGCAAGACCUGCUUAAGACUAAGAUGAGGGACUGCGAGCGCAUCCUGCAUGAGUGUGACCUGCAGACGGAACGGCUGGGGAAGAAGAUUGAUACCAUUGUGAUGAUAUUUGACUGUGAAGGCCUGGGAUUGAAGCACUUCUGGAAACCACUGGUGGAAGUAUACCAGGAGUUCUUUAGCCUCCUUGAAGAGAAUUAUCCAGAGACCCUAAAGUUCAUGUUCAUUGUGAAAGCCACCAAACUGUUCCCUGUGGGCUACAACCUCAUGAAGCCCUUCCUAAGUGAAGACACUCGCAGAAAAAUUAUAGUGUUGGGAAACAACUGGAAAGAAGGUUUGCUGAAACACAUCAGUCCUGAGGAACUGCCUGCCCAGUUUGGGGGGACCAUGACCGACCCAGAUGGGAACCCCAAAUGUUUAACUAAGAUCAACUAUGGUGGGGAGAUCCCCAAGUCCAUGUACGUGCGGGACCAGGUGAAGACUCAGUACGAGCACUCAGUGCAGAUCAGCCGCGGCUCCUCACACCAAGUGGAGUACGAGAUCUUGUUCCCGGGCUGUGUCCUCAGGUGGCAGUUCUCAUCCGAUGGUGCAGACAUCGGCUUUGGGGUUUUCCUGAAGACCAAGAUGGGGGAGCGGCAGCGAGCAGGGGACAUGACAGAGGUGCUGCCCAGCCAGCGCUACAAUGCCCACCUGGUGCCCGAGGACGGGACCCUCACUUGCUCGGAAGCUGGUGUCUAUGUCCUGCGUUUCGACAACACCUAUAGCUUUGUCCACACCAAGAAGGUCAGCUUCACAGUGGAGGUACUGCUCCCGGACGAGGGCAUGCAGAAAUACGAAGAGGAGCUCACCCCUAUCUAGGCAGCGGCCGCACUUCUCAGAGACCCCUGACCUUCUGCUUUCUCUCUAUAUAGUUUACCCCCCUACCAGAAGCUGAUCAUUAGUUCUCCUGAGUUGGACAUUAAUGAGUAGUAGAGAAGGAGCUGCUUUGGGGAAGACUCAUAUGCUGUGGUUAGAUCAGGAAACGUACAACAGGCACAGCCUCAGGGGGUGCCAAUGUUGCAGAAGAGGAAAAAGUAAGUGUAAAAAAAAAGAAGUAGAUAUCACUAAAGCCCAAGAAAUAGUAAAAUAAAUCUCCUACCCUCUGCCUUCACUUCUCCUGAGGCCCUUGAAUUCCUUCCCUAAGAACUACGAGCAAUUUGGGUUGGAGAUGUAUCUAUUUUUUUUUUACAUUUACUCCUUAUACAGUUGAUUUACAUAAAUAGUGGAAGUUAAAAAAAAAAGGUAGGGCUUCAUACUGUAUCCUUGUGAAGUUGAAUGGAGGUAGGGAGCAGCUGAUUCAUGGAUGUGCAUGAGAGGAAGGAGCCUACCCUGGGCAGAUUUCAGCACCUUGGACAGGAAUAGAGUCGUGGAAGGGAUGAACUCUCCUGGAGAGACACAGGCAAUGAGCCCCUUGAUUUCUGGCAGUGGCUGCCCCCUCAGGUAGGUAUGAGACAUUUUCAUUAAGGCCCUAUCUGAGUCAGGGUGCACAGCUUCCCCCACCCAUUACUCCCACUCUCCUUUCUUUUUUUUGGAACUCACUGUUUAUGUUUUAAGUAAUU